UGCAAAAUUAUCCCGUUCCCUCGUCACUCCAGCAGCGCUUUAUUAGGAGGCCCGGUUUUGUACCAUCGGCAAACUGGGCUCGGCAACAACGGUGGAGGACAGAGACAGAGGAGUGGGAUUUCUACCUGCGUUUCUGUCAGCGAGUGGCUCUCUCGGUGUGUUCGCUGUUUACAAGGGCUUUUAUUAUCAUCACCAUCUCCCACAAGAGGAACGGAGAAAUCUCUGCACGCACUCCGCGAUUCUAUCGGCACAACCAUCUCUAUUGUUUUCCAGCUGGGGGUCACGAGGCAGCACUUUCACAAGAUUUUUUUAAUCUUCGAACAAUCUUCAUACAAGAGCUGUUUUAUUUUUGUUUUUCAUUUAUGAGGAGGGGCAUGUAGCAGCAUCUUGAAAAUAGCGACUACACAGAAAAACAUCAAUCCAAUAAAUUGCACUGCAUUUUGAUUCAAAUAGUGCAGUAAACCAAUUUAAUAUUUGAAGAACAAACCGGGCACUUCGGUUUAUGUCUAUGGUCAUAUUGCUGCGUUUAGGCCUUUAAAGAAAAUUGCGGUUCUAAAUUUGACUAACCGAAGAGGGGAGGAUGAGGAGGAAUGGCGAUGAUAAUGUUUUAUUGUAAAAUUAACGAAACACAAUCACCGUUUUUAUCGUGAGAGCUGUCGGCGGAGUAACUCCUCAAGCAGACAUCAAGGAUUGACAGUACAAGUUCUUCACAGCGAGUGAUAACCUUGUUCAAACUUGAAACUGAAGCUAAGCAAAUUACACAGAAAAAAUCUGAAAAUGAUGCUGAGUCCAGAUCAGCCUGACUCCGACCUCCCGUGGGGCCAGUCCGACGCCGAAUCGGUGCUGCACGACAUCAAGAUCGGCUGCGUCUCCGACGAGCCGAUGGAGGGAGAGGGGAAGACGAGGUCCCUCGCCCCACAGGCUCUUAGCAGAGAGGAGAAGCGGAGAAGGAGACGCGCCACGGCGAAGUACCGCUCGGCCCACGCCACCCGUGAACGGAUCCGGGUGGAAGCCUUCAACGUAGCGUUCGCCGAGCUAAGGAAGCUGCUGCCCACCCUUCCGCCAGACAAGAAGCUCUCCAAAAUCGAAAUCCUUAGGCUCGCGAUUUGCUACAUCUCCUAUCUCAACCACGUUUUGGACGUUUAGAAAACCGAUCGCAUUUUCCUUACAAAGGAAACCGUGCGGCAAAGACAACGUUUUAAGGGGGAAAAAGGGAAGCGUGGAAUAUCCGGAGGAAACAUAAUUAGGCUAUGUUGUAUUAUUGCUGUCAUUAAUCAUGGUCAGCCGAGCUCCCACUUAGCCGAAGAGUGGGAGGUUAAGAGAAAUUGAACUUGGAGCUUGCUAUUUCUCAUAUUUUAGUAGCGAGAUUUAUUUACGAAAACGCAAUGGUGUUUUUUAAGGAGUUCAACUCCUUCACUUUUCCGCAAUUCUAGUGAAAAGGCCGGUGACAACUUGGUUGUGCUGUGCAACAGUUAUUUCGAUUACUUUGAGUUGUAAAACAAGCAAAUAAAUAAUGCAAUAAUUUCAUUGGUGGUAUAUGUAAAGGGACUGGAUUAUGAAAUAAAACAUAACUAGUUGCUUUCAAAGGUAAAAUAAGGGGUAGAUUAACAACAGUCUACCGUUGUCUUAAGAUAUUUUGUACUGUUGUACCUUAGCUAAAACACGUUUGCCAGCGGUUUACGUAACAUUGGCAGUGAUUCAGAUAAGCGGAGGAAAACAAGAAAAAUAGGCCUAAUUUGAAUUAAACUAAAAUAUUAGCUGCUGAAUAUAAUGAAGGAUC